GAGCGUAUUUACGCAUCAGUACAAGACUGAGGCUGUGACAGCCUGAAUCGGUGACAGAAGAUUAUCGGGAUGGGUCAUGUCUAAUGAUAAUUCCAGGAAGGCUUUCGAAACGUAAAACUAUGAAUACAGUUACUGCUGAGCUGACAGAGAAUAAGAGCCAGGAUUUGCCUUGCUGAGUCAACAAGAAGGCAGUUAAUGCUGCCAUCUAGUGAGAGCUGAGAUUUGGAGAGCCUGAUCUUCAGUUAACCAAAUGUACCCCUGAGCCCUGAUUGCACACUGCUGGGUUCAAGGUACACCAUAGCGUUCACCCAGAGGAAGAAACAGAAGCUGGAAAUGGAAAACGAGACGAGUACUCCAACGUCAGCCACCACCACAACCUCCAGCACCCCCUCCCGGACCCAGGCCCCACAGCUGUCUCUCUACAGCAGCACCACCGAGAGGCAGGCUGUCCAGGUGAUCCAGCAGGCCAUCCACCGCCCCCCCAGCAUGGCAGCUCAGUACCUGCAGCAAAUGUACGCCGCGCAGCAGCAACACCUGAUGCUCCAGACAGCCGCUUUGCAGCAGCAGCAGCACCUCAGCAGCCUAGCAGCUGUACAGCAGGCGACGCUGUCAGGAGGAAGGCAGGCCUCUUCCCCCACCGCGAGUGUCACACAGCAAUCAAGUGUCUCACAGACUUCGAUCAAUCUCUCCUCGUCUCCAGCGGUGCAGCUGAUCAGCCGGAGUCAGACCUCCAGCAUGGCGGGCAGCGGUGGUGGGGGAGGGGCCCUCGGACAGCAAUCCAUACUCCUGGGAAACAGCUCCCCCACCCUGACCACCAGCCAGGCUCAGAUGUACCUGCGCGCUCAGAUGCUCAUUCUCACGCCCACUGCCACUGUAGCUGCUGUACAGCCAGAUAUUCCUGUAGUUUCUUCUCCAUCCAGCUCCCACACUCCAGCUACCCAGGUUCAGAACUUGACCCUCCGUCCACACCAACCCAGCACCCUUGCCUCCCCCCAGAGCGUGCCCCUUAAAGCCACCAGCCAGGGGCAGCCUCUGGCAGUGGCCCACCCCAAGAUGUCCGUGUGCCCUCUGAAGCCCAGCCAGCAGCCGGAGCCUCUCUUGGAAGGCAACAAGAAAGGGGAGGACCCCAUCACCGAACCCAAGCCUACCACCCUCACCCACCUGCCUGGGGCCCACCAGCUCAUAGCACCAGCCCCAUACCCUCUUAUCAAACACCAGCCCCUCCCUAUUCACGCUGCUCAACCACAGAAAGGGUCAACCCACCAGCUAAUCAUCCAACAGCAGCCACCACCCCCCCACCGGCAAGUUCAGCCAAUCGCACUCCAGGUCUCUCGUCAAGAGACUCCACCUCCCUCCCUGGCAAUCCAAACCCAGGUCCCUCCCCCCACUACAGUCUCCAUCCAGUCGCAGCACUGCACUCCUAUCACAGCCACUCCCCUGCCCCUGACCUCAUCCCCUGGCCAAUCACCGCCUGUGCAGCAGCAAACAGUCAUGGUUUCACCUCCGCCUACUCAGUCCCCCACCAGCCAAUCCUCUACCAUAGUCAUUCAGCCCCAAGCACUUAUCCAAUCACAGCCUCACGCUCUGGUCUCUGCUCCCUUGCAGUUAGGCCCUGCCCAGUCGCCCAUUCUAAGCACUGCCCAGGUAAUACAGCCCCACCUUCCUCCUGUGACUUCCCCGAUAGCUCACAUUGGCCCCCUUCCUUACCCCACUCUUAUUUCACCGUCCAUCAACUUCCCUCCCCAGCCACCACAUCAGCAGCAGCCUCCUGCCCCUCAGGCCUCCCUAGGCCACAUGUCCUCACCACCUUCCCCUCCACCUCAGCUCUCCCACACUCCCCCUGCCCCGCUCCAGCCACUCCCCUUGCAGUCGGUUCAGGCCUUGGCAGUGCAGUCAGAGAUCCUGACCCCCGGGCAGAUGCUUGUGUCAGAGGAAGAGCUGCCAGCAGCCGAGGCCUUGGUCCAAAUGCCCUACCAGGGGCUGCCCCCUCCCCAGACCGUAGCCAUCAACCUGCAAGUGCAGCAUCCCACCCCCAUGGAGGCUCCAGUGCAGGUCUACCGGGUGGAAGGGAUGUGUGAAGAGGAGAUGAGAGAAGACAGGGAGGAGUGUCUGUCUGGGAACAGAACUCCAACACCUCCUGCUCUGUCACCCCCUGAAGGUCAAGUCAGAGACUGCGAGGAGAGCUCCACUCAGCAAGACAUCUCAACAGGUCUGCCUGGACUUCCGUGUGUGAACACCUCAGGCAACACCUCUGUGAUCAGAUCCUCCUCGGACCCCUACAUCAACAGCUCCCCCCCUCCUCCACUUUCUCCUGCCCCUCCUCCUCCCCCUCCUCCUCCUCCUCCUUCUCCUCUCCCCCCUACUCUCCUGCCUGCUGUGGUCAGGAGCCCCAGCAAGCCUGUCCCAGCUGGCCUGCCUGAGAACAAGCCUCCGCAGGCGAUUGUCAAACCACACAUCCUCACCCACCUCAUCGAGGGCUUUGUCAUCCAGGAGGGGCUCGAGCCAUUCCCGGUAAGUCGUUCGUCCCUCUUGACUGAGAAGAAGCAGUGUGAGCAGCAGAUGAUGGAACCCAACAGUGAGGAGCCACAGUCCAUGAUGGAGACCGAACACCCAGAACACUCCACAGACAGUGACAUGGAUGACAUCAUCGCUGAGGGUGUAAUGGAGGAAACCGUGGCAGAGCUCCUGAAAUGCGAGUUCUGUGGGAAGAUGGGAUACGCGCACAAAUUCCUGAGAUCAAAACGAUUCUGCUCCAAGUCAUGUGCCAAAAGGUUCAAUGUUAGUUGCACUAAAAGAGUCAGCCUACUGAAAGCAGACAAGGGGGGCCGCUGGACUCGGAAAACAGAUGGGCGACGAGGGCGCCGGCCCAGAGGGGCAGAAGGGGCGUCCAGGGAGCACUUUCUCCGGCAGUUGCCAGCUACUUAUCCCGCCACAGGUGGGAUGCAACCAGCUUGCAGCCAGUCGCCCCAAGAAGACACAGUUCCUGUUGCCAUGACGACACGGCUGCGGCGACAGAGUGAGCAGGGGAGGGAGCUGGAUCUCAGGGUGAGACACCCCUCAGACAAUAAUGAGAGCCUGCCCUCUGUCCAGUCCGAUCCCAGGCUGUGGACAGUCAGUGAAGUCUGGGCCUUUAUUUACGCUUUACCAGGCUGCCAGGACAUUGCUGCUGAGUUCCGUGCCCAGGAGAUUGACGGCCAGGCGCUGCUUCUUCUCAAGGAAGAUCACUUGAUGAGUGCCAUGAAUAUCAAGCUGGGCCCAGCCCUGAAAAUCUGUGCCCGUAUCAACACUCUGAAGGAGCCCUAACAGGAAGUGCAACGGGAGCAAACUGACUUCUAUCACUGUAGUGAAACUCCACUAAUCUGAACUCCGAUCUCACCAGAGAUACUGCACAGUACCUGCUAAAUCUGAUAUUCACUUCAGUGCCAAUGGUGAGCAAGCAUGUGGUUGAACUGGGAGGAUAGAGAGCAAUAAAGAGAUAUCUUUAUUUAUCAUGUGCCACAUAGCAGGGAACACAAAAAAUAUAUAGUAGUCCCCCCUCACCCCAAAAUGUCAUAUCAAAAAUGCACUCUAAUGAAACUUCCCAUAUGAAGGAAUUGGAAGAGCUGUCUGCAAACUUUUUCCGGUUGCUGGAAUAAAGUUCACAUGACUUGGUGGAGACACAGUCUUUGGAUUCCAAAUUGCGUGGUCUCCUUUAAGUCAUGUGAUUAUGUGAUUCUAUAAUCUUUUUUGAGUACAGUUCUUUUAUAUAUAUAUAUAUAUAUAUAUAUAUAUAUAUAUAUAUAUAUAUAUAUAUAUAUAUAUAUAUAUAUAUUAUAUCCUGUUACUAUUGACAUUAAAGAGAUCUUCUUGAAGCCUAUUUUUUCAUUAUCCUGUAAUUGAGACAAAAGCACAGCGAUCAAAGUGAGGUUUAUAAAUGAAUUUAUUAGCUUUUUUUGAAAGAUUCAUAAAAGGUGGCGGUCUGCUGCUAGCGCUGUGCAUUUUAAGUGGCAGGUACAUAACAUUUUUAUGCCUGUUGACAGUGACUGAAUGUAUUAUAUGAAUAUAUCUGAAUAUCUAUGAAGGAUUUUUUUAAAGAAAGAAAAACUGUUUUUAUGUGACUCAACAUGUUGCUGUUGUUACUGCUGUCUAAUUUAAGGAAUGCACUACUUUAUUAUAUGGUUUAUCUGAGAACCCUUACAGUUAUUUUGCUAAAUAUUUUAUGAAUGAAUAACUUUAAAAAAGCAAAUAAGCAUUUUUUUUUAUUAUUUUUAAUUUGAAUACAAGAUGUAAAUUACAUACAGGAAGGAUGGGGGGAGGGGGGAUUCUUAGGGUCAGAUUUUUUUAUUACCUGAAUAUGAUUCAGAUUUUACCAGUGAGUGGCAAGCAGGCACAAAACAGCCCUAUGAAAGCAAACAAGUGGGGUCAUUUUAGUCGUUCCAUUUCAGAAUAGCCAAACAGCCUAAAUUCAAAUAUGCCUAUUUGAAUUUAGUUUUCAGUAUAAGAAGCUUUAGUUAGUCAGUUAUCCUAGGGUACUCUUUCUGUAGUUACAAUCGGUGUUGAUACACUACUAGUGCUGUAAAAUGCUCUAAACAUCCAGCUGUGGCUAUCCAUUAAAAAAAAAAAAAAAAAAAAAAAAACUGUAUAAAAGUUCAUAAAACAAAAAGUGCCCUCCCUCGUUUUGAAGGAAAUAACAGCAUGACUAACAGGAAAAACAAGAAUACUGCAGGUUAUCUUAUAACAGAUCAUGCCAAAGAUUAGCCGAUACCCAGUGUAGCUUGGUAUAGCAAUUACAUUCUUGCUUUCAUGCUAUACAGUAGACACCCAAGGCAUUAUUCACUUAUCUUAGUGCUACCGAUAAUUUCUACCAAGAGGGCAAAAUGUUCACAGAAAUUAUAUGAAAGAACCUUUUUUUUAUUUUUAUUAAAGUUGACAUGUUUUGUUUAUAUUUUCAACUUCACAUCAUUUCUUGAUAAAUAAAGGCAUAUGAACUGG